UAUUGUGCUAGUUUUACUGUUGGAAGAUCUGAUCUACCAUUAUCUUAUGUUCAACGCUAUAAUAAAUAGGUGGUUUGUGUUUACAUCAGCUAUCGAAUGAAUUUGACGCAAACGUUCAUUCGCAUAUACUGCAAGUCUAUUGUUCAAAGGGAAAUGUAGUUUUUAAAUCAAAACUCAAAACGCCUUCAAUCUGUCGUCAUCACUCUGUCAUGUAGUAGCUAGCAACACCUCGCAACGGAGACGGGGAUGGCGGGUGAGAGGAGUCAACAGGACACAGUUGCAGAGUACCUAGAACAGAAUCCAGAGGUGGCCAAGUGGGUGGAAACCUUCAGGACCUACAGUGAGAGCAGCAAACACUGGCGUGCUCGGAGGGAGUUUAUCCUGAAAAAUAUGGAGGCUUACCCUUCUGUGAAGCCAGGAGUCUGUGACAGAAGUUUGGACAUGCUGCUUUCUAUGUCCACAGCCUGGGCCAAUCAUGUCUUCCUGGGAAGCAGUUACCCCUCCACUGUUAUGGAAAAGCUAAAGGCAAUGGGUGAAGGCAUCGUUGUCAAGGAUGCUCCAGUUUACAGAACAACAAAAGAUGGAGCCGUGGUCAGAGAAAAACGGGCGGCCACAUAUGAGGCUGAUGCUGACAGCUACGUGAAAAAAAGCAGAUCUAAUGAGUCUGAGGGUCGACCUGCAGGCAGAGCCAGCACACGAAAAUCUGGACCCACCCCUCAAGCUCCGGCGGAGCACCAGCCUUUUUUCAACCGCCUUUAUAAAUCUGUAGCCUGGAAGCUGGUGUCGGCAGGCGGCUUCGGUCCAAACUUGGACCACUUUGAAAUACUUCGUAGCUGUGUGGAGUCCUGUAAACAGACCCUGACCUGUGUGUUUGUGCCACUCAAGGAUAUCAAAGGCUUGCCCGCAGGCUGUGCUCAAAAAGAAGGGCACGUUUGCGAGAUCCGCUGCCAGACUGUCUACAUGGGCACUGGAUACGGACGGGAUGAAGCUGCAGCUAGGGCAAUGGCUUCCAAAGAAGCUCUGAAAGUGUUUCAGGGAAGAAAAGUAACAGUAAAGAUCGCCAGGCGGCGCUACAAAGAAAGGGAUGUAGAGGAUUUAAUUCUGCUGGAUGAACAACCUCGGACUCAGGGCUUUCCUCCUGCUCUCAGCUACCCUUUUUAGGACAACGGCUGGAAAAUAGUUGUUUGUAUGUCACACAAACAGAAAUGUAAUGUCAUGUGAGUGAAGUUGUAGUGUUGACGCUGCUGCAUAUAAUCGGGACCAGGCUGCAACUUAACAGGACUUGGGAGUCAAACUCCGUAAAGUUCUUCAGGUAAUUUUUAGGUCCAUUUACAGGUUCAAAUCUGGGUUCUAAUCGUCCUGUUUUGUCAUCUUCCAUAGUUUCUGAAUAAAUGUUUCUUUCACAAUUUCUGUUUACUCUGAAUUGAGGCGAUUGCCUUGCUGAAAGAAGAAUUACAUACAAAUGAUGUGAGCUCUCCUGAUUUAAAAAUGUUCCGACACUCUUCAGUGUUGCAACUGUUCCCUCAAGUUUAUUACACAUUGCUUAUUCGUUUUUCAAUCAAUGUUUUAACUGACUCUAAAACAAGCUCAUUUGUAAGUUGUGCCAGUUUUCUUUAAUACAGUAGUGUUUUAAGUUCAAUGUUCAUUUCAUUGUUGAAUAUAUUGAUUUGGUUAAUAAUAUUAGUUGCCUUUCUUAACAGGAGUGGUUGUCUAACACCUUUAUUGUCUCCCACAAAGCAGCGUUGAAGCGCUUCACUCAUGUGGUGCAACAAUGUUGACUUGUUACAACAGAUUCCUGCACUGCGAAAUCUACAAGAAUCCUCAUUCCAUGACUGGUUAUGUGAAACUAUCUCCUGCUGAGGUUCUUCAUCUCUUGACCAGCGAACACACUCGCCAUAAUGCCACUGCUGAGAUGCAGUAGUUUUGCUUAGACUUUUCCUCCCUGUGUUGACGUUACCUGGUUUCAAUUUUGUGUGUUUACAAUUCUGGUCCUGUUUGCCCCUUUUA